AUGGAGCUAAACACAUCUCCAGAGGUGGUCCAGCUCACGUUACCAGAAGACCAGAGGGUCUUGGUCUCCACGGUAACAGUGGGUCUCAGCGCGGUCCUGGUCUGUGGGAUCCAGGGAACUCUGAGGCCUCCGGUCAUCUGGAGGAGGAACGGGAUCGACCUGAACUUCCUGGAUCUGGAGGACAUCAACGACUUUGGAGACGAUGGUUCUCUGUACAUCACCAAAGUGACCACGAUCCACAUGGGGAGCUACAGCUGCCACGCCUACGGCUACGAGACGCUGGUCCAGACGCACAUCCUGCAGGUCAAUGUGCCCCCUGUAAUCCUCGUGUACCCGGAGACCCAGGCCCAGGAGCCGGGGGUGGCAGCCAGUCUGCAGUGUCACGCUGAGGGCAUCCCUGAACCCAGACUCACCUGGCUCAAGAACGGACUGGAACUACUGCCUCAGUCCAAACAGGUCUCCCUCAUCGCCAAUGGGAGCGAGCUGCUGAUCCGCAGCGUGCGAUACGAGGACACAGGAGCGUACACCUGCAUCGCUAAGAACGAGGCGGGAGUCGACGAAGACAUCUCCUCUCUGUUUGUGGAGGACUCUGCCAAGAAGACACUUGCAAACAUCUUGUGGAGAGAAGAAGGUCUGAGUGUAGGAAACAUGUUCUAUGUGUUCUGUGAUGAUGGGAUCACGGUGCUGCAGCCGAACGAGUGCGAGAUCCAGAGGCACAUGAAGAAGAGCGACCGCAUCCUGGCCACUUAUGAGGAAAUGUGUCCUCAGGGGGAGGUGUGCGUCUGGUCGUCUGCGGUGAACGUCAGAGACAAAUACAUCUACGUCACUCAGCCCCAGCUCAGCCGCCUGCUGCUCAUCGACCUGCAGACUCAGAGACUGGUGCAGGUCGUGGCCACGGACCCGUUCCCAGUGAAGCUGCAGUACGACAAGUCACAUGACCAGGUGUGGGUGCUGACCUGGGGCACCAUGGAGCGAGGCCACCCCACCCUGCAGUGGUGCCUCAGCCAUGUGGGGGGUCAUCACGCCGUCCGCACCGGGUUCCAGAGAGUCAGCGAUUUCUUCAUCCCUCCCACCAACCUCAUCAUCACCCACGUCAGAUUUGCGUUCCUCUUCCUCAAAAACGAACCCGCCGUCCACAAAAUCGACCUGGAGACGUUCCGGCGUGUCAAAACCAUCAGCCUGAAGAACCAGAGCUGCGUGCCCCAGACCAUGGCCUACACCCACCUCAGCGGCUCCUACUUCAUCCAGUGCCAGCCUCAGCUCAGGCCCUUCCCCCGCGCCCCCACCCAGCAGCAGCUGAUCCUCGACAGCGUCACGGACUCCGUCAUCGGACCCAACACCAACCUCUCCGGCGCCGCCUACGUCUCACCAGAUGGACGCUUCAUAGUCACGCCGCAGACCUCAGAACUCGUAGUCCAAGCUGUGUCCAUGCAAGGAGACCUGAGGCUUCACCGCCGCUUCCACAGUCCGUUCCCCGUCGCGGACAUCGCCUUCCAGUCCUCCUUCACGCAGUCCAACCAGCACUUCGUCGUGGCCUCCUCUCGCACCGGCUCCGAGCUCAUCUUCGCAGAUCUAUCCACGGGGGAGGUGGAGGUUCUGAGGAGUCUAAAGCAACCGUUGGCGACCCAGGACUGGCCGUGGGGCGACCCGAGCCGAGUCGUGGUCUCCAGCGGCUCGUUCGGACGAUACCUGGUCUCGCCUUCGUCCCGUUCGCUUUUCGUUCUGGACGGGAAGCAGAGAACGCCGCACUGCGAGGUGUCGGACAUCAGCCGAGGGAACACAGUAGUUUGGGUCGGAGAGUUGGCCCGUAUUGUGAGCUUGUACACUUUCGUACCGCCCUGCCUGCCGCCUGCUGCCCAGCCUGCCGCCUGCUGCCCAGCCUGCCGCCUGCUGCCCAGCCUGCCGCCUGCUGCCCAGCCUGCCGCCUGCUGCCCAGCCUGCCGCCUGCUGCCCAGCCUGCUGGGUCUAAGCGUGCGGGUCCGCAGAAACUAA